AAGAAAUUGUGGCAAGGGCUUGUGUUCUCUCGCAGCGAUCAUCAAGACGGAGAUAUACGGGAAAUCGAAGAUAACGAACGUUAAACGCCACAAGGUAAACCUCGAGAAAUUGCUCAUCAAAGAGAGAACACCCAUGUUCGUGCACACUUUUUCACAGUAAGAGUUGUUACAACUUGGAAUGCUCUCCCAGUCGAGGUGACCAUAGCCACCUCAGUCCGUAGCUUCAAGAAGAGACUUGAUGAACACGUACUCACAUACAGAUUUUCAUCCGCCCAACGGACUAGAACUAGUGCAUUUGAGUGGCUACACUAUCAUCGAUUGGACCCUACCAAAUACACAGAGCCGUACCGAAAGAAGAAUAAUCGAGCACAAAGAAAUCAAUUAGUUUAUGCUAGCUCGUGAGAAAGAUGUUUAAAAACUGGGUAUUGGACAUUAGGCGCGAACUUUUCGACUUUACCGGGGGUCGUCUUUAACUUAUUAAUCUACUGUAAUGGGGAAAUCUAGUGGUCCUGCUCCAAAAGUCAAUGGAAUUUCUCCAAACGAAGGAACCCCUGGGACAAAGCUGACUAUUCGAGGAGAAAAUUUGGGGAGCACUGCAAGUGACCUUCUACAUGUAUUCAUUGGUGGGAUAGAUGUUGGGAGAAGUGCCCAAUGGUUCUCGCCUAAGAAAAUUACUGCCAUCACACCACUGGGUGAAGGUGAACUUGAAAUUGUUGUGGUUACCGAUAGUGGAGGGUUCGGAACUGCCGCAGUCAUUUAUCAUCAAAAUAUGCUCCGUGUAGUCAGUCCACAAACUGUUGUAACUUAUUGGCCAGAAGACGAUCGACGUGUUGCUCCUACUAGUGGUAGUACUUCUGGAGGAUCGUCCGGAUCUACUGUAGCUGUUGGGUGUGUUCCUGGAGCUGAGCUUGAUCAUUCCACUGGCCUUCCAAUAUCAGAAUUGAGUCGAAUUAGUAUGCCACUCUCAGACUCUGCUUUGAGAGAAAUAUACCCAUGCUCAGGUUCAGUACAUUUGGCGGAUAAAGACUUUAAUCCAGUUAUGUUUCUGUUGAAAUUCUAUAAGAAUUCCAAUUUUAAUGAUUUAUUGGUUACAGUAAAAAAUUUUCGCCAAAGUAUGGGUCAAGAAGGUCCAAGUGAACCUGUCAAUGUUAUUAGAACAAAUUUAGUCUUAAUUUUUCGAUGUUUGGAUGGAAUGGAUGGUUUACGUUAUAAAUUGGACAGUGAGAAGAAAACUAUUGAAACACGCAACAGUAAUGAUUUACGUUUAGAAUCAAUCCUUUACGAUACUCGUACACUUGGUUACCGCUUAUUUGAAGAUAUUUUAAAACGCAGAGAUAGGGGUGAUUCGAUUAAAAAUGCUAUAUCUGUUAUGCAACGUUAUCAGUUCCUUUUCAAUCUGCCGCAUGCUAUUAGAACUAAUAUAUCCAAAGGUGAUUAUAAUUUGGUAUUAAAUGAUUACUUACGUGCAAAAUCAUUAUUCUCCAGUUCAGAUGCUGAGGUUCUACGCCGUAUUUAUAAUGAUGUCGAAACCGUAGUCGCUAAUUUCUCUGUUAUGCUUCGUAAUCAAUUAAUUUCUAUGCCAAUUGAUUGUGAUGAUGCAAGACAUAAAAUUGGAUAUCUAACACAAUUAGAGGUGGAUUAUGAUCCUGGUUGGUUAUGUUUGACAUACUUCAAAGAUUGGCUGAUCGAUCAACUACGUAAUUACCAACGUAUAUCUCAUCAAAAUAUGGUCGAGGGAAAUUCAGCGAGAAACAAGCAUUCUGAUGGUUCCAAUCCGAUUGUUAAUCUUCUCCUAAUGGAUAAUAAAUCGUCGGUAAUGAAUCCUGAUUCAUCUGUCUUGUUUGCUGAAGAAUUUUACGGUGUCCCACCGAUGGUUGGCAUGGUCAAAGCAGUAUGUCGUCUGCUUACUACACAUGUUACUCAAUUUUGGCGUUUGGGUACAGCUUAUAUAUCUGGGCAGUUGAAUUAUAACAAUCAAAAAUCUUAUGAAAAACUUGUUCACGCCUCGUCAACAAAUGAUCCGAAAACUGCAUGGCUGCAAAUCAAUUUGGAACUAGUACACGCUGUAUCAAACCAUAUGCGUGAUAUUGUUCUUGAAGCUUUCAGCAAUACAACUAAUGAAACUUUACUAACGGAUCAUUUAUUAGAGUGUAUAAGAGAAUACAGACAAUGUUGUAGUUCAUUGCCAUUGUCAGAGAUGUCAUCUGAAAUCUGUGAUAUAUUUGCUAAACUUGCUUAUGAUCUACGUAAGCUCGCUGUUCGUGGAAUAUUUCUUCGUGCUCAACUUAGUAUUGAAACAUUACAAAUUAAAGAAAGAUGGGAUGUGGAUUUAACUGAUGCUGAUGGUGGAAUCACAAAACUUCCUUUGUUAUAUGAAGAUAUUAUUGCUGACUCAUUCAUUCUCUGUGAAGAUCAAGUAUUUCCGAGAACAUCAAUAGAAAAACCACUUUUUGACUCUGCUGAACUUCAGGAACGUUUUCCAGAAUGGUCUGGAAUAGGAAUGAUUAGUUUUAUCGCAGUAUCACAACGUUUAGCUGAUCAAAUUGAACAUACUGUACAAAGGGCCUAUGAUCAAGAUGAAUCAUCUAGUGAAUAUCAACAGAAUUGGAUCGAUUCAGGUUUAAAUAAUUUAAAAAACUCUGAACAAAAUAUUAUUUCACAGGCUAGAGGAUUACUUUUACUUCUAAAUAAUAUUGAAUGGGUUGCAUGUCAUGCAAACUAUCGUCUGUUAAAUCUAUACAAGUCAUUGGGUUAUGUUUCAGUUACUCGAUUACAAGCUACUUUAGAUGAAGCAUGGGAUGAAGGUCGAAAGGAUAUUUGUUCAAGAUACGUGAAAUUACGUAGUGAAUGGUUAUGUCUACCGCUUCAAUCAUAUUUAAUAAAUCUUCUACCGUCGGAGAGAUACAUGAGUAUCAAAAAGAAAGAUGAUAUAAAUUUAAUAAGUGGCAUACAAAGUUCAGUGCAAGAGGUCCUAGCUAAUUUAUCACAUAUUUAUUCUGAGUUAAUUUUACUCAUUGGAUUGAAAUCUAUUCAAUCAUCGUCAUCCUCCUUUUCAUCCUCCUCUUCCUCCACUUCAUCAUCAAAUCGAAGUAAUUCUCUCAUUGAGACUAAUACCAAGAGGCCAAUUUGUUCAAUUAGCAUUCAAGAGAUUUUUCAUCAAAUUAUUCAAUAUUUUAUUCAAAAUAUUCAUGAUCGUUUAAUUGAAUAUGAUAUGUCGAAUUGGUCAAAAUUAGCUCAAUUACAAUUAACUCUGGAUUUGAAUACAAUUAAAUUAAUUUUACCGAGUUGUUUAUUUACAAAUGAGUCGAAUAAACUUUUAAAUAUGAUAUGCGCGCGUUACAAAAUUAAAUUUUCUCCAGUAUUCAGUUAUUUAGGAAGUGAUGAAUCAAAACAUUUAUCAAAAUUACUUGAAAAAGAAAAAAUCAAAAUGCGUUUAUUAAUUAAUGGUUUAUCUACACUUCAACCACCACGGCGGGAAUCAGUGGUUACAGGAUAAUUGAUUAUCCUCGUGUAUUUCCCACCCGACCUCCUCUCUCUCUCACACACACUCUCAAACACCAGAACUUCAUCUGGAUAUUGUUUUCACCUAUUUACUUUUGAUUGAUUUUCCAUUUACUUAAAGUGCUCUUUGUAUAAAUUUUUAUUCUGAUCUGUGAUUAAUUUUUUACCUGUGUAUUUGGCUAUUGUUCUAACUACAAUUUAAACUGUUUUUUAUUAGACAAAAACUUUCAAUAAAUUGAAGAAGUUUUAUAAACAGAGAUUAAUAUACUUC